AUGGAGGAAGAACCAGAAUCUAAAGCGGCUCAGGCUUUGUGGAUAACUGUUAGGGCCAUUUGGAACGAAGCGGUUAUACCACGAGAGAUCAAUGUGGGUGAAGUGGUGCCAAUACCAAAGAAGGUAAUGUCCGUGGUCAACAUGGGCGACACCCGAGGUAUUGCAUUACUGCCAUCACUCACAAAGGUCGUAGCCAAAAUAGCUGCAAAUAGAAUCAGUCAGAUUGCGGAGACCCG